AUGACCUCGUCUUCCCCUCUCCGCUGGGGCUUCCUCGGCUGUGGCCGCAUCUCGUCAGACUUCGCCAGUGCCAUGAAGGCGCUGGACAACGUCGAAUUCCAGGCUUGUGCCGCGCGUUCGUUGGACAGCGCUCAGAAAUUCGCCAAAGAGCAUGGUAUCAACCAAGCUUAUGAUUCAUAUGAGGCCCUCGUCGCCGACCCCAACGUGGACGUCGUGUAUAUUGGCACGUUGCACCCGUCACACUAUGAGCACACUGUGCUCGCUCUAAACCACGACAAGCACAAAAAUCUCUUCCUCGUGGAAGGAAUGUGGACGCGCUUCUUCCCUUCCAUCCGCCACGUGCGUCAGUUGCUGGCCGACAAGGAGAUCGGCGACGUGCACCACGUACACGCGUCCUUUGGCAUCCAAUUCGACGUUGUCAAUACCCGUAUGUGGCACAACGAACUCGGAGGCGGUGGCCUCUUGGACAUUGGCAUUUACCCUCUGGCUUUUGCCACGAUGGUAUUUGGAGCCAAACCUGAUAAAAUCACAUCGGCUGGCAAACUGAAUGAUGGUGGCAUCGACAUUUACAACUCGGUGACGCUCGAGUACAGCGACUCGCGCUUCGCUACCGUCGAGUACACGAUGUUGGCCAAUACGGACGAGACUGUCACCAUUUCGGGCUCUAAAGGACGCAUUCACUUGCCAACGCCCGCUCACACGGCGACGGAGGUGCAAGUGGUCAAGUACCUUGAGGACGGGACGCAGAAGGAGACCACGACGUCAUUCCCGUGGCCGGCACCUGCUGCUGGGGUUACUUUUAACUACGGCGGCUCGGAGGGAUUCCGCUAUGAGGCCGAGACUGUGAUUAAGGCCAUCCAGAACAAGGAGGCCGAGAGCAAAGAGUACCCACUGGACGAAUCGCUCCAAAUUAUGACGAUUAUGGACAAGAUUCGCAAGGAUUUGGGUCUCGUUUACCCCGCCGACGCGAAGUAAGUUUACCUAUUUUUGCAUCUGAAGUGCAAUCAUUAGCGUUUUUGGCAUAAUCUGAGAUAGUGUUGCUACAAUUGUGAUGCAAA